CGGGGCGCGCGCUGCCCGGGUGCUGCUGCUGGAGCUGGAGCGCUGCUGCGGGCAGGCGGCUUCUCCCCCACCCCCGGGGCUCCGAUGGACGCGGUGCUCCUGGGCAGCGGCCCCGGGCUGCUGCUGCUGCUGGGCCUAGCAGUUUCCAACUGUGUGGGUGACGGCUGGAACGUGACUGCUGACUACGGAGUGAAGAGGCCCGUAUGCAGCUCUCUGGAGGACUGUGCAGAUAAUAUCACGCAGUUGCGUCGGAGAGGGCACUUUUCUAAGUGCCCCGAGGAAUACAAGCAUUACUGUGUGAAAGGGCGAUGUCGCUAUGUAAUGGCAGAAGAGACACCAGCUUGCGUCUGCGAGAAAGGCUACACUGGCGCAAGAUGCGAGCGAGUGGACAUAUUCUACUUGAGAGGAGAUCAAGGCCCCGUUGUAGUGAUUUGCUUGAUCGUUGCAAUGGUGGUGCUGGUUGGCCUGAUAAUAUGCAUAUGCAUAUGCAGUCAUCACUGUCGGAAGCGCCGCCGGAGGAGCAAGGAAGAAGAAAUGGAAACGCUAGAGAAAGAUUUGCCUACCAAACAGGAGGGUGUCCUGGAGACGGACAUCGCAUGAAGGUUACUGAAGGCACCUGCAGGCAGGUUCCAAACAGCACCAUGUCUUGCUCCAUUGGAGAGGGACACAGAAGGUCUAUUGCCUGGAUAAUAAAUGCAGAUGAAUGAUAA